AUGUAUGGUACAGUUUAUGGUGAAUGUCAUCAGUCAACAACUAUCUGUGACGGUAUAUGUGGUUAUAUAAAUAACACAUUUGCUCUAUAUAUUUCACCAGAUCUUGUCAAUUGGACUUUGAUUAGUAAUAAUAUUGUACCCGAGGUUACCAAAGAUAAUUAUUAUAUCAACUAUUGGAUGCCAAAUGUCGGUUACAAUAAUCGUACUAAACAAUAUGUGAUGAUCUAUUGGUCGAGUAGAUAUGGAUUUAAAAAUUCUCUAGUUGCUCUUGCUGUUUCUUCUACACCAUAUGGUCCUUUCGUUAAUGUUCGACCAUUAGAAAUGCAAGGUGGAAAGAUAAUUAGUGAUACUACAAAUCUAUUUGUUGACGAUGAUAAUACAGCUUAUGUUCGAUAUAAUACACGUGAUGAACCUUUGAGACAUGUGGUAGAAAAAUUGUCGCCAGAUUGGAUGACAACUACUGGACAGUUCUCUAUUAUUUUUGCAAAAGAAGAUUUUCCAUGGUAUGAUGGAGGUGGAAUGUUUAAACGAAAAGGGAUUUAUUAUACAAUGUUAUCAUUUGAUUGCUGUUUUUGUCAAUGGGGUUCAGAUGCACGAAUAUUUUCUAGUACUGAAAUACUCGGUAAUUGGACGUAUGUUGGCCAGUUAAAUUAUUGUGCCGAUGGAAGGAGUCCGCCGAAACAUGUAACUGACAUGACUAUAAACCCAUGUUCGAUCAAUGAUCCAUUUGGUACGAAUUUUACAGUCCCUGCUCAACAAUUUAAUGUGGCUACUUUGCCGAUAUCAUCAGAAGAAACUGUACAUUUGUACUAUGGAGAAAGAUUUCGUUCCAGUAAGGAUGGAUUGAAAGCUCAUGAUUUUCAAGCUUGGAUACCAAUCCAAUUUAUCGACGCUUGUUUACAGCCGAUGCAAUUUUUAGAUAAUUUUACUCUUAAUAUUGAUAUGGAAUUCAUGACAUAA